GACGAAAAGGAAAACGAUGGGAAGCAACAACCGAGCUCGUUGUCCGGUUUCUGAAGCAGGGCACCAGCUCCCCAGCCCACUGCUGAGAUUGAGCUAAAAGGACCUGUUUCCUGGAGGACGAGGAGAACAGACACGUUUCUGGUGGUGUAGAAGGGACCGAUGGCAAUGCUUCAGAGUGUAGCGGAGACGCAGGAGAGAGAUUCAACCUGUUAACAAAAAAAAUUAAGCAGGGGGAAAAUAUCAACGGGAAGGAAAGAUAUAUAUAUAUAUAUAUAUAUACACGUAUAUAUAUAUAUACAGUUUAGAAGUAUUCCCCAGGUGGCCACAAAGCAUGGGCUGUGUUCCAAGCACCAACCUCUCUGACAGCAGAGUGAUCUGUCACAGUAGCAAUGAGUCUGAGGAGUACAAUUUCCCUCACCAGACCAACACAACCAUGUCUCAACAGCAGCAAGGCAACCCCGUCCCAGGAUUAUUCAUUAAAUGCUACAACACAUCCACUUAUGAGGCGAGGACUAAUUCCUCUAAGAAAGACAAGAGGGAGAACAGCCAGAGCAUGGAGGCAGAGGCCCAGACCGGCAGAUCCAAUGUUAAGGCACCAGUAACAGAUGUGCAGUUUGGUCCUAUGAGACUUCAUCAAGAUCAACUUCAGGUACUUUUGGUGUUUGCUGAGGAGGACGAGCAGAGCAGCGGGUUCCGCUGGGCGUGUGACAAGGCUGGAUUCCGCUGCAACCUUGCCAGGACACCUCAGUCUGCACUGGAAUGUUUUCUAGAUAAGCACCAUGACAUUAUCAUCAUUGACCACAGGCAUUCCAGAUACUUUGAUGCAGAAGCAUUAUGCAGGUCUAUCAGAACAACGAAGGCCUCAGAAAACACAGUCAUUAUUUGUGUAGUACAAAGGCACACUGAUCGUGAGGAGUCAUCCAUAUUGCCCCUGAUCUCUGCUGGCUUCACAAGGAGAUAUGUAGAAAAUUCUAGUAGAAUGGCCUGUUACAAUGAGUUGAUUCAGCUGGAAUUUGGACAGGUGCAGGCACAAUUCAAACUAAGGGCAUGUAAUUCAUUAUUUACAGCAUUAGAGAAAAGUCAAGAAGCCAUUGAGAUCACAAGUGAAGACCAUGUAAUACAGUACGUCAAUCCUGCUUUUGAAACAAUGAUGGGCUAUCAAAUAGGUGAACUAAUAGAAAAGGAAUUAACAGAAGUGCCUAUAAAUGAAAAAAAAGCUGAUUUCCUAGAUACUAUUAAUUCCUGCAUAAAGAUAGGAAAGGAAUGGCAAGGAAUGUACUAUGCGAAAAAGAAAAAUGGAGAUAGCAUACAACAAAAUGUGAAGAUACUACCUGUCAUUGGACAGGGAGGAAAGAUUAGACACUAUGUGUCAAUUAGUAGACUGUGCAAUGACAACAAUAAGGUGGAGAAGACAUGUGAAUGUAUUCAGGCUGAAUCUCAGACAGAUACUCAGAGUUGCAGACACAAAGACAUGAGGAAAGGAUCCCUGGAUGUCAGAUCCACAACAUCUCGUGGGAGUGAUGGCAGCUCCCAGCGGCGCCGCUCCUCCAUGGCCAGGGUCCAUUCCAUGACUAUCGAGGCUCCCAUCACCAAGGUAAUAAACAUCAUUAAUGCUGCACAAGAGAGCAGUCCCUUGCCAGUUGCAGAAGCUUUAGACCGGGCUUUGGAGAUCUUAAGAACCACUGAAUUGUACUCUCCACAACUGGGGACAAAAGAUGAGGAUCCACAUACAAGUGACCUUGUUGGAGGAUUAAUGACAGAUGGUUUACGAAGAUUAUCAGGGAACGAAUACAUAUUGUCAGCAAAACAAACUCAUCAGGUUGCUGGCAGUCUGAGCUCUCCAAUCUCCCUCAAUGACAUACCCCCACGGAUAACAGAGGCAAUGGAAAAUGAGGAACAGUGGGAUUUUGAUAUCUUUGAACUUGAGGCUGCCACCCAUAAAAGGCCUUUGGUUUAUCUGGGUCUCAAAAUAUUUGCUCGCUUUGGAAUCUGUGAAUUCCUAAACUGUUCAGAAUCCACUCUGAGGUCAUGGUUACAAGUCAUUGAGGCUAACUACCAUUCCUCCAACUCCUACCAUAAUUCUACUCAUUCAGCAGAUGUACUACAUGCUACUGCUUACUUCUUGUCUAAAGAGAGAGUAAAGCAAACUCUGGAUCCAAUUGACGAGGUUGCCGCGCUCAUUGCUGCCACAGUGCACGAUGUGGAUCACCCAGGAAGGACAAAUUCCUUCCUGUGCAAUGCUGGCAGUGAGCUCGCCAUUCUCUACAACGACACAGCCGUGCUGGAGAGCCACCAUGCUGCCCUGGCUUUCCAGCUCACCACCCGGGAUGGCAAGUGCAACAUCUUUAAAAACAUGGAGAGGAAUGAGUAUCGAACCCUUCGCCAAGUCAUUAUUGACAUGGUCUUAGCAACAGAAAUGACAAAGCACUUUGAGCAUGUCAACAAGUUUGUCAACAGCAUUAAUAAACCCUUGGCAGCACUAGAAGAAAAUGGGAAUAAUGGUGAUGGAGAGUCAAUCAAAACUGUUCUCAGGUCUCCUGAAAACCGUAUCCUUAUCAAACGCAUGUUGAUAAAGUGUGCUGACAUUUCCAACCCGUGCAGACCCAGAGAACAGUGCAUAGAAUGGGCUGGACGCAUCUCUGAGGAGUACUUUGCACAGACUGAUGAAGAAAGGAGGCAAGGUUUACCUGUUGUGAUGCCAGUUUUUGACAGAAAUACUUGCAGCAUCCCCAAAUCCCAAUUAUCAUUCAUUGAUUACUUCAUUAUUGAUAUGUUUGAUGCCUGGGAUGCAUUUGCCGACCUGCCAAAUCUGAUGGAGCAUCUGAAUAAUAACAUUAAAUACUGGAAAGGACUGGAUGGAAGGAACCUGCGAGUCCUCCGACCACCACCAGAAUAGCAGUUAGACCAUGGUGUGUCAUUCACUAGCCAGAUGCAUAUUUAUUCAAGCUCACUUUUAUCUAUGUGAAUUCAGAUUUGUUUUGGUCUCUUCAGUAUUACAGUAAAGCUAGCCCAUGCACUUGGGGAACUUUCACAUUGAAGAGAACACGAGGUCAGCAGUUGACUUCCACAAAGUCCCAUGUGUGGACUCGGAUGAAAUAAGCCCACCAAGUGGAAUUACACUGGAUUGCUGCAGUGCUUGUACUGAAGAGGGUUUAUUACAAACAUACUUCUGUGAUAUCUUCAUACCAGCACGUGAAGCUGGAAGACCUUGAAGAGAAUCCUCAUAAAAAGGACAUUCACUAGAAGUUUAUCUAUUAAUAGAGACUCACAGCUUUUAUGAGAAAGCUACAUGCUUUUAUAAGCACUUCAGACAGUUAUGUAGAACAAUCAGACAUUUAAAAUGCAACUGUCUAUGAAAGAAUUUUUUGAUCUAUGAAAAAUAGAUGUACUGUAUUUUUUCACAUCACAGAAGGUGCAAUCAUUCACUUCUGAGCACUACUGAAAGUGAGUUCUCCUUAAGAAAUUUAGUAGCAAAUGUAAAAAAUAACACAAGAAUUUUUGAGGUUGAUCGUUAGCAUCUAUGAUUAAAAUGUUAUGUUUUAUUUAUUUUGUUAGAUGUUCAAUAUUUUCUAUGAAUUUAUAAAUACUUAAAAGCCAAAGCCAACUUUAGAUGCAUUAUAAAUUUACAUGAUUCAUACUCAUUAAUAUACAUUUAAUUGAUGUACAGACCUUUUAUUUUCAUAAUGCAAAUACAAAAUACUAUACAAUGAUACAUUUUUAUUGCACUGUAAGGAUAGAGGUGUAUGUUUAAAUAUUGUCUGAUUUAUGUUAAUUAAAAUAAGUUUUAUUAAAAAGGUCUCACUUGAGAAUAGUAGAAUAAACAAGAACUGUAUACUGUCUGAGCACCAGAACUGCAGUAGUUCUCCCACAAACCAUUGAGGACCACCUGGUCUUCUCUUGGCUACAAAAAUAAUAUUGUGUUGGAACUCUUUGUUUUCUCCCAUGACAUUUUAUGACUGAACUCCCUGUUAAAGUCUGCCUUAUUUUAUAUAGUAUUUCUACAAAGCAUUCCACAGCGUAUAUGAAGAGGUGAUACUAAGCAUCUAAUGAAUUUCAACAUUUUAUAGCCAAUGUAUUUUCCUCUGCUGAAAAAGAAAAAGAACAUAAAGCCACCAACACAAACCUUCAGCUCAAGAAGUUUGUAAAGGCUCUGUACCUUCACAAUUUGAAUGAAACUUCAUAGCAACUACCAGAAAAUAAUAAAAUGUAUAUUUUAAGAAGUGU